AUGCGAGUCCCCCGCCGCGUCCCCUGGGCGAGCAAGGCCGAGCUCGCCGAGCUGUACGACCUUCUCUUCGCCCCCGGAGCCAACGAUGCGAGUCGUCAGGCUGCGCUGUCCCGCGCUGCGUCAGCUACGCGCAUGUCGUAUGCGAUGGCGGUCGUGCGUUUCGUGAACGGCAUGGUCGACCCGCUGCAGACUGGUCCUUAUGCUCGUCCGAUCUCGCACCUCGCCGCGAGUCUCGGCAUUCCUUCCUCUCUCGUCGCACUGCGUCACCGCGCUACGCACGAGGACCUUCCCCCGCUGCCGAUGCUCCGCCGCGCAGUCGAACAGGCGCUCGACUAUCUGCACCGCCAGAGCUUCCUCCCGCUGCUCGCUUCCUCGAGUGCUGCAGGAUGGGACAGGCGUGCAAAGCUCGAGGGUCUUGUUACCGAGUGGAAGAAGAUUGUGAAGGCUCGUGUCCGCACGCACGACGUCACGAACGAGAGCGAAAGCGGUCUGGCGCUGCGUCGGCUGAAGCGGGCUAUUGAUGCCGAGGACGCAGAUGAUGUCCUGGACGCCGUUGUCAGGACUGGCCUGGUGCCCGUUGCUAGGAAAAAACGGUCGCACCGCCGUGCCAACCGACCGCCAAAGGAAGGACUUGCUAUCUGGCGUCCCCUCCUUGCUCAUCUGGAUGCGACUGCGCCGGUAUCCGCGGCUCUGACAGAGUGCCUCGUCGGAGCGCUGCUCGACACGGCGCCGCGCCUGAACCCGCCUCCUGCUGCCCCCGAUGCGGCCGAGGACCACAGGAAGGAGAUGGCGUCGUACCGUUGGACGCUGGGGACGUGGCUCCUCUGGCUCUGGGCUGGAGAGGGAGGUCUGACUGUCCCGGAGGAGGAGCGGACGGGCGUGCUGCGCCGCAUCGCGCGCGAGCUCGUGCAUGGUGACGAUGUACUGCGCCGAGUCUAUGCCGAACUCGCCGAGGACACGGACGCCCCGGCUCUCGACGAGCUGGACGAGCUGCUCCUGCACGAGUCAGAGGCGGAGAGCGAGUCUGACGAGGAAGAGCUCGAGGGUCUCGAGAUUGACGACGGAGCCGAGAAGCCGGAUCAGGCGCCGCGGGACGUCGACGCGCAGCUGGCGGCCAUGGAAGCCAACCUGGCCGCGCUGAACGAGAAGACGUCAGCGGACGGCAGCUCCGUGCCCGGCUGGGAGCACGUUGCGGAAUGGAAGGCGGCGCCGAUCGGCGUGUGGGUGUAG